CAACCUAAUUUUGGAAGAAUUCAUGACAAGCCAAGCAAUCUAGCCAGUCAUGAUCAGAAUGUGAUAAUACCUAGUUGUGACAUUGAAUCACUCUGUCAAACCAGGAAGCAGGUGAGCUAUAUAUCAUGCUCCAGUAAAGGAACCUAUUCACAUCCACAAGCUUCUGAAAGACACAGAAGAUAUCUCCUACAUUCCAGAAAAUCAAAGAGAUGCUGCUGCUUGCUACGUUCCUGUGCCUUACAGCUGUGCUGCAGCAAUCUUCUGGACAGAAACCUGCGAAAGGUUAUAAUGAUCUGGCAACUGACAAGAUUGAUCAGCAAAACGUGAUUGUGGUCAAACACAACACCCUCCGGGCACAAGUGAUCCCCCCUGCCAGCAACAUGCUGAGGAUGGAAUGGAGUGAUGCAGCACAAGCAAAUGCUAAACGUUGGGCAGAUUUGUGUACUUUAUCUCAUAGUCCUCAAAGUUAUAGAACAACUGUUACAGUCUGUGGUGAAAAUCUCUACAUGUCAAGCGCCCCAACUGCAUGGUCAGAUGUCAUUCAGGCCUGGUAUAAUGAAAAGAAAGACUUUAAGUAUGGCAGUGGGCCAACAAGACCAGAAGCAGUGAUUGCGCAUUAUACUCAGGUGGUUUGGUAUAAAUCUUACCAGAUUGGAUGUGCAGUGGCUUUCUGUCCUCAGAAUAUAUUCAGCUACUUUUACGUUUGCCACUACUGCCCUGCAGGGAACCUUAAACCAUUAAUUAACACACCUUACAAAUCAGGACCACCAUGUGGAGACUGUCCUAAUGCCUGUGAUAAUGGACUAUGCACCAAUCCUUGCAAGUAUGAAGAUAAGUACUUAAAUUGUCCAGAACUGGCAAAGUUACCUGGAUGCAACAAGGAUAUAGUGAAGGACAACUGUCGUGCUUCCUGCCAAUGCACCACUGAAAUCAAAUAACCAGUUUGAUUCAUGCAUUUAAGAUAAUUAAGCCACUGACGACAGUGAUUUUUACAAAGCUGAAGUCCAUCUACCAGCUUUUAUGAAUGCAGCCUUUCUGAUUUUCAGGGGUAACUCACAUGACUAAAGGCUGAGGAUAUAGGCUUUCACUUACAUAUUCUACCUUGAUUACAUUUCUUUCUUGAAAAAAUGUAGCAUAUAGUUGUUACUUGGCUGAAAUUGGACAUGGUACAAACUAGGCUUUUAUAACAUUUGGUGACCAGGAUUUUCUAUUAAUUUCAACAUCAUCUUCUGCAAAAUACCAUUUUAAAUGCUAUAUAAAGGACUGUCCUGCAAAGAUACACUUGUCUAGGUCUUGUUCCUCCUAGUAAUGCCAUUGAUUUCAGUAGCUGAGGUACUACCAUCUUCAUUCACAUUGAA